AUGACUUUUAUGCGAGUGGCCGCGCGGCGUCUGCCGCUCACGAAGCGAUUUGUUCCUGGAGUCCAGUCACCACUUCAGCAACGAUUUGCUUCAGUAUCAUCAGGAACCCAAACAGCGAAGGCUUCUGAAGAUGUCAGGGCUCAGGCAACAAAAGGGGCAACCCUGCCUGCCCCAGAUCCUGCGGCGGAUUCGGCAACAGUGGCAUUCAUCAAAGAGCGCACACCUUACAUGGUCCCUACCUACGUGCGACCAGCCCCUAUAAUGAUCAAAGGACAGGGAUGUUACCUUUGGGAUAUGGAGAACAGGCGGUAUCUUGAUCUAACGGCCGGUAUCGCCGUCAACUCGCUCGGUCACUGCGAUUCGGAGAUUGCGAAAAUUAUCGCAGAGCAGGCCGAAACACUCAUUCAUGCCUCGAACUUGUACCACAACGCUUGGACUGGUGCUCUCAGCAAGCUGCUGAUUGAGCUGACCCGCGAGUCCGGUGCCAUGCGCGACGCAUCUCAGGUUUUCAUCUCCAACUCGGGAACCGAAGCGAAUGAGGCUGCGAUUAAGUUCGCUCGCAAAGUCGGCCGCUCCCUUGACCCCUCGGGAGCCAAGCACGAGUUCGUCUCCUUCCAUAACUCGUUCCAUGGCCGCACGAUGGGCGCUCUCUCCGCCACACCCAAUCCCAAGUACCAGACUCCUUUCUCUCCCAUGGUGCCUGGAUUCAAGUACGGCAACUAUAAUGACGUUGCGCAACUUCAGGAGCUCAUUACGGACAAGACUUGCGGUGUCAUUGUAGAGCCCAUUCAGGGAGAAGGUGGUGUCAACGUUGCUACUCCGGAGUUCCUUGCUGCUUUGCGUAAACGCUGCGACGAGGUCGGAGCCGUUCUCAUCUUUGACGAGAUCCAGUGCGGUCUGUCCCGUACCGGCUCUUUCUGGGCUCACGCUCAUCCUUCACUAAAGCCCGCCUCCGGUGAAGCUGCCCAUCCCGACAUCCUCACUACUGCCAAGGCACUGGGUAACGGUAUGCCCAUUGGCGCUACUAUUGUCUCUGGAAAGACCGUUGCAGAGCACAUCAAGACUGGCGACCACGGUACAACUUUCGGAGGCAACCCGCUUGCCUCUCGUGUCGCUCACCACAUUGUUGAGCGUCUCUCCUCGCCAGAGCUACAGAAGUCUGUCGAGGCCAAGUCGGCUUUGUUUAUCUCCGGUUUUAAGGAUCUUCAAAAGAAGUAUCCCGAGGUCAUCUCUGAAAUCCGUGGUCGUGGAUUGAUCCUCGGUGUCCAGCUGUCUAAGCCCUAUGGUGCGAAGGCUUCUGACUUGAUCACAGCUGCCCGUGAACGGGGGAUGCUGAUUAUCACUGCUGGCGAUGGCUGCCUUCGUUUCGUUCCUCCUUUGAACAUCACAGAGGAGCAGAUCAAGACAUCUCUUAGGAUCCUGGAGCAGGCGCUCGAUGCUGUUGUCAGCAAGGCGUAG